UGUCUGGUAACCCAAAUCGUCAAAUUUUGGCAUGGUUGAUCUUUACAAGUCCGUAUAAAAUAAAACCAUUUUCGUAAAAUUAUUAUGAUAAUGGAGUGGAAACCUGAACAAGAAGGAUUGAGACAAAUACUUACACUUCUUAAGGAGUCCCAAUCACCAAACACCGCCACUCAAAGAGCAGUUCAACAAAAAUUAGAAGAAUUGAACAAGUAUCCAGAUUUUAAUAACUAUUUAAUUUUCGUCUUGACAAAAUUGGUGUCUGAAGAGGAGCCAACUAGGUCCUUGAGUGGUUUGAUUUUGAAGAACAAUGUGAAGGCGCGGUACAACAGCUUCUUGCCCGAAGUUGCGGAGUUUAUCAAACGGGAAUGUCUGUCGGCCGUCGGCGACCCGUCCCCUUUGAUCAGGGCAACCGUUGGUAUCAUCAUUACCACCAUUGCAAGUAAAGGUGAACUAACCUCUUGGCCAGAACUCCUGCCAGCGUUAUGUUCCAUGCUCGAUUCUCAAGAUUACAAUGUAUGCGAGGGUGCAUUUGGAGCACUACAGAAAAUAUGUGAAGAUACAGCAGAACUGUUGGACAGUGAUGCACUCAAUAGGCCGUUAAAUGUCUUAAUACCUAAAUUCCUGCAAUUCUUUCGUCACUCAUCACCUAAGAUAAGAUGUCAUGCAAUUGCUUGUGUAAACUACUUCAUUAUGGGCAGAACGCAAGCUCUGAUGUUACAUAUUGAUGCUUUCAUAGAGAACUUGUUUCACUUAGCAGCAGAUGAAGAUCCAGAUGUUAGGAAAAAUGUAUGCCAUGCAUUGGUACUGUUGUUAGAAGUCCGCCUGGACAGACUCAUCCCUCAUUUACCAAGCAUCAUUGAGUACAUGUUAAUGCGAACACAAGACUCUGAAGAAGGAGUAGCAUUAGAAGCUUGUGAAUUUUGGUUAUCACUUGCAGAGCAAAAUGUAUGCAGGGAGGUGCUGGGCCCGCGGCUGCCCGCGCUGCUGCCGGUGCUGGUGCGCGGCAUGCGCUACUCGGAGAUGGACGUGAUCCUGCUGCGCGGCGACCGCGACGACGACGCCGACGACGCCGAGCCCGACCGCGAGUCCGACAUCCGCCCGCGCUUCCACAAGCCGCGCUCGCACACCAUCAAACACAACACGGGCGCCGGCGACAGCAACAUGUCGGGCGGCGGCGAGUCGGACGACGAGGACGAGGGCGGCGACGACGACGGCUCGCUGUCCGACUGGAACCUGCGCAAGUGCAGCGCCGCCGCGCUCGACGUGCUCGCCAACGUGUUCGGCGCCGACCUGCUGCACGUGCUCUUCCCCAUACUCAAGGAGACGCUGUUCCACGACGACUGGGUCAUCAAGGAGUCGGGCAUCUUGGCGCUGGGCGCGGUGGCGGACGGCUGCAUGGGCGGCAUGGUGCCGCAGCUGCCCGACCUCGUGCCGUACCUCGUGUGCUGCCUGGGCGAGCGCAAGGCGCUGGUGCGCGCCAUCACGUGCUGGACGCUGUCGCGCUACUCGCACUGGAUCGUGUCGCAGUCGCACGACCUCUACCUGCGCCCCGUCAUGGCUGAGCUAUUGAAGCGUGUGCUAGACAACAACAAGCGCGUCCAAGAGGCGGCGUGCUCAGCGUUCGCCACACUGGAGGAAGAGGCGUGUACGGAGUUGGUGCCGUACUUGGGCCACAUCCUGCAGACGCUGGUGUGCGCCUUCAGCAGGUACCAGCACAAGAACCUGCUGAUACUGUACGACGCCAUCGGGACACUGGCCGACUCGGUGGGACACCAUUUGAACAAGCAGGAAUACAUCAACUUGUUGAUGCCGCCCCUCAUAACAAAAUGGAACGUUUUGAAAGACGAAGACAAAGACCUGUUCCCACUUCUAGAGUGUUUGUCGUCAGUGGCCACAGCUCUGCAAUCAGGAUUUCUGCCAUACUGCGAACCAGUUUUCAAGCGAUGUGUAUCACUAAUAGAACAGACAUUGAAUCAAAAUAUUGCCAACACGCAAAGUCCGGAGCAAUUCGAGGCGCCAGACAAAGACUUCAUGAUAGUUGCACUGGACCUGCUGAGCGGACUCGCGGAGGGCCUGGACGGACAUAUCAACCACCUGGUGCUCAACUCUAACCUCAUGCAACUCUUGUACCAGUGCAUGCAGGACCCCAUGCCGGAGGUGCGGCAGUCGUCGUUUGCCCUGCUGGGGGAUCUCACGAAGGCGUGCUUCCAGCACGUGUUGCCGUACAUCCCGGAGUUCCUGCCCAUCCUGGGGAUGAACCUCAACCCCGAGCUUAUAUCCGUGUGUAAUAACGCCACGUGGGCGAUUGGCGAAAUUAGUAUCAAAUUAGGUCCUGACACAUCAAAAUACAUCCCUCUAGUACUAAACCAUCUUGUAGAAAUUAUCAAUCGGCCGAGCACACCAAAAACACUAUUAGAAAACACAGCGAUUACUAUCGGUCGGCUAGGUUAUGUGUGCCCCCACGACGUCGCACCCGUUUUACAUCAAUUUGUACGCCAGUGGUGCACGUCACUGCGGAACAUCCGCGACAACGAUGAGAAAGAUUCCGCUUUCCGCGGCAUCUGCCAGAUGAUACAAGUUAACCCUGGCGGCGUGGUGCCCGACUUCAUGUUCUUCUGCGACGCGGUGGCGUCGUGGUCGCACCCCAAGGACGACCUGAAGGAGAUGUUCACCAAGAUCCUGCAAGGGUUCAAGGCGCAAGUGGGAGACGACAACUGGCGGCGCUUCGCCGACCAGUUCCCCGUGCAGCUCAGCGCGCGCCUCUCCGCCAUGUGCGGCAUAUAAGCGCCCAUCGGGCCACUUGGGGAACCAAUGUCAGCACGGGUCGGGAAGACAUUGACGGCGACAGCUCUCGUGCCACCGCCCGGCGCGCCCCGCCUCCGCGCCGGCGCCUGAGCCGCCACUCGACACACCACGCGACUUGGUACACGGUACUAUCGACAACGCGACGUGGUACACAGUACCAUCGACAACGCGACGUGGUACACGGUACCAUCGACAACGUGACGUGGUACACGGUACCAUCGACAACGCUCAGGGACCCGCCGACGCGGCGGGGCAGGGCGGGGCGGAGGGCGCGGAGCGUCGCGUGCGUAGGGCAUCGCGGGACGCUAGGCUUAAUUGUUGAGCCUCAAAUACACUACUCGCUUCGACGAAGUCUUGAAGUGAGCUGAAUGCGAGGCGCCUCGUGUUUGAACCUCUGAUCGCUUCGAAUACUUUGACUCAGCUCAAAAACCGGCAACGAUCGGAAGUCGAUCGAGGCGAGGCGGUUGCAAGUCUGUGUCUGCACUAUUAUAGAUUAAGUUCGCGAGUAGUGUAUUGGGGGUGUUAGUGAACGUGAACUAUACAGGUGCUCGGUUGCGAGCGGCACUAGUCACGGUGAACGUUUCGUGACCUGAUAUUGACGAGAAUUGUAUCAAUAAAGAGUGUUUGAAUCGUAUUUUGUAAGAUGUUUACGUUCCUCCAAUUUUUCAGGUAGAAGUUACAUAGUUUUUACUCACGUACAUUGGUGUAUCGUUUUACUUCACACCCACUUCUAGGUUUAAAGACUUUGAGACUUUUGGGAUAUUCGCUAACGCGGUUUUGACAUUGACCGAUUUAAUUAGGAAUUAGGAUUCAAUUAUUGCUUGAAUGUCAUACGAGCUAAGUAGUUCUCAUUUUUUUAAAUUUUAAACGUGCUAGCACGUAGAAUAGACGCUGACUAGUCUUUAAUCAUGGUAGAAUCAUGGAGCUCGUUAUAUAACUCCUUUCGACACUUUUUCAGUUGGUAUUGACACUUGUAACGCGUUGAUUAAGGCGUACUGGCAUUUCCACUUGCAACCGAGCACCAGGUGUCGCACGUUGCGUGCUUGCGUGCGGUUAUACGUUAUAGGACGUGUGCAGUUAUUGCCUGCUGUAGAACACGCCGCACUAUCGCGGUGCUGUCGAACAUGUGGUCGACAUAGGGUGUGAUCAAAUUGCUGCAGUCAUUUACAAACAAUAUUCGAAAUCCUCGGAAAUUUGCACGUAUCUGCCGUGCAUUUACAGAUUUCGCAGACUUACAGUUUUAGGUUGACCGAUUAUCGAACAACUAAAUUUCAGUUUUAAUUGUACGUAACUUAAACAACUUUUUAAUUGUACGUAAUCGAAGGUGAAUCUAGACAUAUACCACUAUAGCUUGUCCAGUUUGUUGAUGACACUCCCAUGAUAUGAGGGCGAGAAGGACUGCGAGUCGUGCGCGCGGGGCAUCCCCCCUCCCGGCCCCCGCGGACCAUCGGGAGUGUUACGAACGAAUUUGCAAAGCUAUUCGUAUACUCUACGAUACAGUCGGCCAACUUAACACUGUAUGUCUGUUAGGCCGUACCUAGUACUAGGCUUGGGUACUUAUUAACCGAAAGGUCGAUGACUGAGGUUCGUUUAGUUUCUGCAACAUAAAAUACCUGUGGUACUUCAGUUUAUGUUCUGUCUCGUGAACUUGUUAGAUUAAAACUUUCGCGUUCAAAUUGCAGCGUACGAUUUGGUCACACGAUACACUGUGCACAUAUAGGCUGACUGCAAUGCAAUGCAAACUACGUCUUUUUUGAACAUUUUUGGUCGAGUCAAACGAUCGUAUUUGUGAGAUUGACUAAUAAUAAUUUGAACUUCUAAAUAACUCAAAUCUCUAUUUCUGUGUGUAAGUAUUCUCAUUGAUUAUUAUUUGACCAAUAUACAUUCUUUUUGUAUGUUUGAAUAUCCCUACAUUUUGUCUUUCAUACAAGCAUUGUCGUGCGGUCCACCUAUAAGAGCGCUAAUUAAUUACGUAAACUUUAGCAUAGCCGUAGUUUGUACUCGGAAGUGAGUGUGGUUAAUAUUUUUUGAAUUUGUUUUUUUUUUUGACACGGACAUUCGUUUCGACAACACUGAAGUCGUCGCAGUACUGUAUUAUUAUAGUGGAAACUUUAAAAAUUUUAACAGUUCUAUAUAGUUAGGCAGUCAGUCGCACAUCAAAUUGGACUCGUGUCCCAUUUGGUAUCGCACAUCGACAAGUGAAGAGAUUGCUUUCUGUCACUGUCACUUGAAUUUCGCUAAAAGUGGGUCCACACGGCACAUACAUAUACAGGUUGCUCGAGAGUAUUUCCCAUAACUCUAUGGUUAUACUCUUUACAAAAAUUAAUUCUUAAUGUUCAAGGAACAUGUGUUCUAAAUGAAUAUUUUCAGAGUAAAUAAUAUUUCUUUUGUAAAUUAUACGCAUCCUAUAUGUAAUAAUUACCUAAUACCUAAAGGCGUAUGUCACAUGGUUAGUCGGUAUUAUUUGAAUUACUUUGUAUGAAAACAUAAUUUUCUUUUUUUUGUAGUUAAUAAAAUAUUAGUUAUGCAGUUCGGUUCCUAUAAAUGGUCUCGUUAAUACCUUUAAGUUAUGGGAAAUCUCCCGAGCAGCCUGUACAUGCUGUGUCAACUGUUGGUGUGAGUAUCUUCGUCCAUACAUCACAAAUCACUUAUUCUCUAAAUUUCGUGGAGUGUAUUAUGUGUAUUAUCAUCUUGGUCGAUUUAAUUAAUUACCCAAGUUGAAGACUGCAAAGUCUGAUCAAAGUCCAUACUUUACAGUACAGCAGUACAUGGUUAAUUGAUUUUUUGAUGCGAAAUGCAAUAAAUAUCAAAAAUAGACAUCUGCACCAACCUUUUGACACCUACUUAAUACUUUGUAGAAUUUGGGUAGACUGAAAUGUGUGUCGUGUGGACCCUCCUUUAUUUAUACAUAUUUUUAUGUGUAUGGUAGUGCUUUCAGUUAAGCCGAUGCUAAGCCGGUUUGAGUUAUUGUUCGCUAACGGACUUUGUGCGCUUGUUUACUACAAUUUGCUCUAAUAACAACUAACAUUUAUACCGAGUAUAUCCUUUUAGACGUUAAAUAUAAAGUUUUUAAUAGUUUUGGAAAAUGUAUACCGAUAAAUUAUUGUGAAAUGUAAUGAUAUCUUAAAGUUAUACAUAUUUGUCUCAAAGCAUUUAUUCACUUAUCCGCUGAACUUUCUUUUCUAUUAAAAAUGUAUAAAAUUGAUGUGUUAACUACUAUUUUAAAUAUAAAUUACAAGACUUAGUGAAAAUCGAGAAUUUAUAUCAACUGUGAUUUGCGACUGGUUUAUUUUGACUAAUAUAUAAUUAUGUGUACGAUUAUAUGUCUGUGUCGGUGUAGAUAUACUGCUUUGAUAGAUUUUAUGUGGGCUAGAUUUCUGCUAUAUUAUAUACCAAAUAGUAUUUUUACGUUGUAUUUUGUUUUAAUGGAUUUAUAUGACGGAGUUUCCCUCGCGGAACGGUGAUGCUUAUGUAUUGAUUUGUAAUAUAUUCACUUUUGUCUUAAUAAUUGUCUUAUUAAUUAUGUAAAAUAUGAUUUUUUUUUUGAUAUAGUAAUUACCACAAUAUUUGGUAUACGGUACUUUGACUCGACCAGUUAGUCUGGUUCUUAUAAAAAGUACAUUUAACAUUUAUCUCCAGUAUACAGACAGUAGACAGACAGUAUAAGGUCAAUAUUACUAUUUAAAAUCGUUGCUGCGAGGGGAAGCUCAUAUAUGAUUGAUAUAAAGUAUUAUUUGUGUAUAUUUAAUUAUAGUAAUAUUAUGUAUAUGUAAAUACAUAUGAGUUGUAUAUUAUUAUAUUUACUAUAUGCUAAUUAAAUUGUUACUUUUUUGUUUUAUAAAAGCUAAAAAGUCUGACUUUAACCACUUGUUAUUGUGUCAUUUAUUUUACUUUUUCAGAUACAAAACAGGCUCCACUCUAAACUUUGCUGUAGUUGAAAGUAGAAAUUACAGAUUCACAUAUAGAAAUCUUAGAAAAAGAUUGUUGAUCGAUUCCUUGACCACAUUUAUCAUUCAUUCUUCAUUUAUGUAAAUAUUUUUUAUAGUAAAUAGUAAAUGAAAAAUAUCAUAAUAUAAAUUAACCCUAAAUGAAAAAACGAAAUUUAAAUCAUAAUUAUUUAUAAACACGUUUUAAACUUAAACAAGACAAGAGGCGUGUAUAAACAAUUAGAAUUUUCAUUGCAAGGUAUUUUUAUCAUAUUUCGUAAAUUAACAAAUUUGUGAUAAUAAACCCCAAGUUACGCAGUUUAGAGUGGAGCCUGCGUAAAGGGGGAUCUGAAAAUUAGUAGUUCGAACGAACAUUAGUAUAUUUUGCAAUCGUAGGGUUAAGCGUGCAGUGGAAUUAUAAAUAGGGUUUUUCGGGGAUACUUACAGUAAAAUUUACAUUCCUUGGGAGUACAUUUUUUGCCCUUGUUACUUUUUGUAAUUGUAUUUUCAAGAAAAAAAAAUAAUAAUUCGGGAGCCUAUAUAUGUAUAUAUAUAUUAAUUGUUAUAUACAUCACCAAAAUUGUGUGUAAUAUUUGUAAUGUAUUUACCCUACACAUCCUCGGAUCCUGAAAUCCUAGUCAGUUCCUGAGUCCCUAAAUCCUGUCUAGUCCCGUUCCUCGUGCAGUGCCAACGAAGCCUAGAGCGGAUGAGCGAUUGGUUCAUGAUUCAAACUGCGCCCAUGAUUGGUUGAAGCAUCUAGUUACAAAUAUUGAAUUAUUGAUAGUCCCACAAGUACAUAGUACAAAAAAAAAAUGUAUAGACAUCUUUGUCUUCUAUUUUCCACCCUAAAGUUUGUGAAAAUUAACGCGUAACGCAAUACCCAGUGAUAACUGAGCCUUGAUAGCUCAACGGUAAGAGCGGUUGGAGUCAUCACCGAGUGGUGGUGAUUCGAUCCCCGCCCCGUUGGUCUACUGUCGUACCUACUCCUAAUACAGUUCCCGACUAGUUGGAGGUGAAUGGGAAUAUUGGUCAUAUUUAAAAGAUAUGGCAAAUAAUCUUUUUAAAAAAACUGUGUACUGCGUUAAAGUUAAACUUGAAAGCAAAGUGCAUGCAUUACAUCAACGCGAAUUUAACUAUUUCAUCUAUCCUACUUCGAUAACUUCAGAAGAGUCGAUAAAAAAGCUUAGAUUGACGAUGCUAUAAAAAAAAUAUAAUGCAAUAGACGGGUACUUGGGCCGAUCAUGAGCGUUAAUUUGAAAUGGAUAGGAUAAAGUAUUUUGGUAGCUCUUAUCUCGAAACUAUUAUUAUAUAUAAAAAAAAUUAGAACGUUAUUUUGUAAGUGAAACACAUUUUGAAUAUACGGGUGUCCUCGUAGUUUAUUUUUAAGGUUAGUAGAUUUUGUCAACAUUAUUAAAUGUAUUGUUUUCCUAAAAAACCGUGAUAAUAGCUGUUUAAGUGACGCAUGCUUGUGUGUGUGUGUGAGACGGCGUUCGUAAGGCACUAUUCCUAUCCUCGACGCAUAGUUAUUAUGUAUUUUAGUUGUAUUGAACAAGCAUGUGUUGUGUGAGAUGUAUCGUGGCAACGGUCUAUGUGCUGCGUACUAUAGAUUGGUCAUUCCGGAUAAACAUUGUGUUCCACCGAGAUCGCUGUGUGCAUGAAUUAGGCAAAACACACGACUACAGGGGUAAAAGGGUUUGGGGGUAUGAUGACAGAGGGAGGAAGAGAGGUGCCUCCGUGGCGCAGUGGUUGGAUUUACAAGACCGAAAUGGGUGUAUAUUUUCAUCCUACACGCCUAACAAGUUAGCCCGCUUCCAUUUUAGAUUGCAUUAUCACUUACCAUCAGGUGAGAUUGCAGUCUAGGGCAAACUUGUAAAGAAUAAUAAAAAAUGCGCUCGCGAACACUCGCAUUCGGUCAUUAGUCGAAUACGAACGAUUUUUGGCCGUUAAAUCCAAAAAUUGUACGUACUCGACUAAAAUACUAAAGUAGUCCGAACUAGGCAUAAAUGUAAAAUGUGCCUCUCUUCUUCUCCUCUCACAAAAGGGAGUGUCGUCAUAUCCUCUCUCCUGUUUCGCGAAGGUUAUGUGAUUUUUUUAUAAUUUUUGAAAGCAAUAGCUUGUUAUGAAUAACAUUGCAACUUGACUUAUUUGCAAUUGCACUCUAAUAAUAACUCAAGUUAGGGUGAAGCCACACGGUGCGGUAGCGGCGUCCUACACAUAAAAGUCAAUGAUAUGCCAGACGCUGCGUUCCGGCGCCGUACCGCAGGCAAACUACGGCAAGUCAACGGUGCCGUAUUGCGGCGCCGCGUACCACAUGUGUAAACUGUGAUGCGACAAAAUGUUUCCAGUGCGGCGCCGCACCGCACCGUAUGGCUUCACUCUUAGGGCCUGUCCCCAACACCACGUCACGACGUCGUUAAAUUGUACCGGCACGGUGCCGUGUCGUAUUAAUUGCACGGUGUGGUAACGUCGCCGUAGAACGACACGGCACCAUUCCGCGUCACACGUUCGAAUCCACGAAAGUGGAUGCGCUCGCGCUUCGCUAAGCUCUGUUGAUGUUAAAUUUUUUUAGCGAUUAGUUGUUAGUGCAGACAUUAUAAAAUAAUUGAUAAAUUUGUAGUUACAUUUUUUCAGUGCCUCGUAUGUUCUGUUGAAAUGACUUCUAUCAAUAUUCGUAAUUGAAAGAUAUAGGUGCACCCAGUAUUUUCUUCUCGUAUCUUUUUUUAAGCGUCUUAACAAUACUAGGAGCAAAAUCCGUCUGGCGCGGUCUAUAUCUAGAAAGAUACUGCGACUUCACAGGUUCGUAAAUAAAAACAAGGCGCGACAACGUAUAACGUUACGACACCGUAAUGUGAUAAUUUACGACACGGUAACGUAAAUUAGCACGUCACGGCACCGCGGAGUGCCGCGGCACCGCGCCGUUUUCCGUUAACGACGUCGUGACGUGGUGAUGGGGACAGGCCCUUAUGCUAAGCUAUGUAUUGGACAUAAUUUUUAUUCGGAAGCACUGUUUUAUGUAGUAUCAAUGUAUCAUAGUUUUGUGUUGUGAUUUCAUACAUAUACUUUAAAUAAAUUUCGUUGUGGUUAAGACAUCAAUGGCGUUUUCACCAAAACAUUUUUUUUUUAGUUUAUUUGGCGAUUAUAAACACCAAGUUCCCACACUGUUGAACUGAUUUUAAUGGAAUAAAUAAACACAUUAAGACUGAAAAUAUAAUCAUUUAAAAGUUAAAAUAUGAGUCCACUUGCUUUUCAUCUCAAUCUGUGCACUUGGGAACGUGUCGCCGAAUAUAUUUAUAAUUUGUCCGUUAUAUACAAAAAUAUGUACUUGUAAUCGUGCAUAUAAUUCGAAUGUACAAAUGUUAUGUAAUAAAGUAACCGUGUAUUAAUUAUAAUGUAUUGAUAAAAUUGCACAGUUUACCUAAAAUUGUUUUAUAUAAUUAUUAUUAUUGUACGUAUAAUCUGUAGAGUUAUAAUUACAUAAUUUACGAUAUAUAUUUGCCAUCUUUAAACCAAAUUAUAUGAAUCGUACUUACGUAUCUAUUUUGAUAUUCGUGUUAUAUUUAUUAAUACUUGUAAGUAUUUUCUGUACCGAUUAUUUAUUGAUAUCGUUUUACUCGUUGAAACAAAUUGAAGUCAUAUUUGGUUGAUUUGAAAAAUUAUUUUCAUCUGUAGGCCUGAAAUGCGUGCGCCGAGAUAUCCCGUAUUAAAGACAAAAAGAAAUAUUGUCCACCAAUUACGGCCAAAAUAUCAAUCUCUCCAUUGCAAUGAAAGAGUUUUUGAUUCGAAAUCGCUAUUGGUUAACAAUAUGUCUUUUUCUCUUCCCGAAACUUGACAAGAAAUGUUGUCAACCAAUAUUGGCUUAUCUAAAAUAUCAAUCUCUCUAUCGCAAUGAAAUAGAGAGAGCGAUUUUUUGAUUCAGUCGUUAUUGGUCAACAAUAUGUCUUCUUUCUCUUCACGAGACUUGACGUUGACGCAUCUUGGGCCGGCUGAAAGCAUGAAAUUAUUUUUGUACAAAAAUAAGGGUAACUUGGCAAACUUGGACGUGAGUUUAAAUAAUUAAAAAAAAAAUAGGUAGGUACAUAGUAAGUUUUGUCACUACAACAUAAUAAAAAUACUUACCAAUUUAUUAUUUUUUUAUAACAUGUUUGGCAAUCGUUUAUGUUUCAUGAGUACAGUUUAACAAAGUAAUUUGAUCUGCGGGUCUAAAACACAAAAUUGAGAAUCUGCGCUGUAUUCGCAACACAGAAAAUAUGGUAAAAAUAGAUGCGAUGCGAUUUAGUGAAACAGCUACUUGUAGAAAUCCACAUCCUACAAGUAGCUGCACAUUCACAUCCACACCCACACCCAUCACUGACUCCCUACCGAGCUUCUCUUUAAGACGAGCUAAGGUAGUUUCCAACCGAUGAGAUAAAGAUUGGAUGUGAUAUAACAGCGAAAGUAUUGCAUGUUCAUUGUUCAUAUCGUCACACAUGAACCAUUAAACUUUUUUUUUUAAUUUUCGUACCUACAUAGAUAUCGAGAAAUGAGCUGAGCGGUUGUUAUGUCGUAAAUUAAAUAAAAAUUGUUGACAUUUAUUUUUUUAAUAUCUGAAAUAUAAAUAAAAUGUUCUAUAAUUUUCCCCAAAAAAAUCUCAAGGUUUCAAGUUAGUGUUUCGUAUUAAGUACCUAACUAUUUCAAGAGCAUUCACUAAGAGUUUAUAUAAUUGUAUUUUGAUUCCCAUUCCUUUCACACCUAAUAUGGACGAUACUAACAACGAGGUGUCCUAUAAAUUCCAAUUAUUGCACAUCGAAUCUACGCUUCAUUACACCGGUCUAAUAUCAUCAUUAUGCCAUAUGCAGACUUCAUAAGUAGGGAGAGUCUAAUUACUAUAACCUGUUAAUGCGCAUCAAUUCGCAAGAUCUUAUGCGGACUUUACUAUAUCAAUCUCGACCGCGAUUACGCAACAAUGUAUAAUUUAUCGCGAUCCUUAUGAGACUGAUCAUGUACCGCAGGCCUUGCAAUGCCUCAUGCGAUCUCUUAGUUUUGUGUUUCGACUCCACGUUUACCUAAGUUAGGCCUAAUCAUAGAGGUAAAGCGCGUCCACAAAUACCAAAAACUGUAAAUUAAUAAUAAUGUGGUAAUUUUCCAAAUAGCUGUACUCACUGUAAUUUUUUUUAAAAUAAAUUGUACAUAAUUUGUCACUUGUUACAAUUUGCAGUAGCUGCGAAAUUGUUAAGUGUAAGUUAUUUUAUAAGUUCUGGUUGUAAUACGAUAACCUCACCACAGACAUUCUUUUACCAUACAUUUCGUUAAUAAAGCACUCAUUGUUCGA